AUGGAUAAUAAGAUAUUCUUUUAGAAUUUACACCUUUUUAUUUUAAUUUCACUAAUCCUUAUAAUGUAAUAUUUAAUACUAAGUUAUAAUCAAUUUGUAAUCGAAUAUCUUCUAUAACAAGAUACACAACAACUAGUCGAAGUACAUUUAAAUUAUUUAUUAUUCCUUAAUCACCUAUAGCAGUAAGAAAUAGAAUGUUGGGAUUCACAUAACAAUUAUACUUAAAUACAACUAUAAUAAAUAAAGAUUUAAAUGAUGAAGCAUCUAUAACAUAUACAUGCUAUUGUAUGUGUGAGGACAUAGUUAAUGGAACUGCUUGUUAAAAUUAAAUAAAUUAAACUCUUGUUUUUUGAUAAUAAUUUCAAUUAAUAUAUUCCUCGCAGAAUAUUUGAAACAUAUAAGGUUGUUAAAUUAUUAAGCAGAAAUAUUUAAGGAAAAUUUUAAUUAUUCAACCAAAGUUUAAAUUUUACUUAGAGAAUUAGAUUUAUCUGUUUUAAUAAUCUAAGGUUGUUGAUCUUUUGA